CCUGCCCCUUCCUGUCCCCAUCACCUCCCCCACCUCCUCUUCCCGCUUCACCUGUGUUAUAUAAAGGUCAGGACCAGUCAUUGGAGUCUCUUGUCACUCGAGGCACGACCCGCUCAAGACCCAAGCCAAGAUGAAAGUCCAGAACAUGACCUUCAAGGAGGGGCAGGAGUUCAAGAUCCGUAUCAAGCCCAAAGAUGACUGCAGCAGAUUCUCCAUCAAUAUUGGCCACGACUCGGAGAACAUCGCGCUGCACUUCAACCCUCGCUUUGACGACAGCGUCGUCGUCUGCAACUCCAUGUCUGGAGGCUGCUGGGGCGAAGAGCACCGCGACGGAAACUUCUGCUUCUCUCGUGGCGAGGAGAGCAAGUUCUACAUCAACUUCAACCACGAGGAGUUCUUCAUCAAGCUGCCCGACGGCUCCAUGAUGAGCUUCCCCAACCGACUGGGCGACGUCAAGUACCAAUACUUCCACGUGGGCGGCGACGCCAAGAUCGUCGGCAUCAAGAUCAAGUAGAGAUCGGCCUCAUCUGUCGAGCGACGGUCGCUUCAACGUUAGCAAACCUGUUCGUGACUCCUCAUCAUCCAUCCGGGCUCUCCUAGAAGCGCUUGGAAUGAUCUUUUUUCACCUUGGAGUGAUCUUGUCAUGACAAAAAAAAAAAAAAGAA